CAAACCGAAGCAAAGGAGGAUAAGAGUAAGGGUAGUAUCGUCGUUUUACAGUCGAAAGCCCAAAACCCUUUCUUCCGUCUUCUCUCACCUGCAUCGCUUUCUUCUGCAUUUUCCCUUUAAGCGAUUCUCGCCGGAGAGCUCCCGUCGACCUGUGUUUGAGAAGAGGAUGUUGAAGUUCCUAUCAAAAGUAAAGAUUGAGUUCAACACAUUAGAUCCAAGACUCGCCUCUUGCGUCGAGUUCUUGGCUCAGUGCAACGCGAGGAAGGCCAAAGAGUCGAACCCUAACUGUCAGGUUCUGGUGAAACGCAGAACAGACGAUCAGCCACCGCAGAUCAGCGUCACGUUCGUUAACGGUGUUGAGGAAGCUUUCGAUGCGGCGGCCACGUCAGCUCAGUCCAUCAGGAAGAUGAUUCUUGACAAAGGGCAGUAUCUUGAGACAGAGCAGAUGUUCCGUGAAGCCGGGGAGCAGUGGCCUGUCAUCAUCCCUGAGGAAGAGAUUCACCAAGAAGCUCCUGGUGUCAAGCCGAGGAAAGCAGAAGACAAGAAGCAAUGAUGCUCUCGCUUGAUUUGGGUUUACUCUUGUUGUUCUGUUGGCAUGUCUAGCUUUGGGAAUGUAUAACUCUUGAUUGGGAUAGAUACAUCUGUAUUGUUUCUUUCUUUAUGUGAACCUGAAAUGUAUGAACU